UUGUGCCUGAUAAUGGACCUAAUUUCCCAAUGCGAUGGUUCAUAAUCAUCUCCAUCUUUCUUUUUUCCUUUUAUUUAUUUAUUGCACUUUGAUAUAACUUAUAAUCGGCGAGAUAUAUAAUAACAAUAAUAUCUGGAAAAUAAUUUUUUUUGUUGAAUUGCCCCUUAAGUUCUUCUUUUUUCCUAUACUUCAGUUGGCAUGAAAAGAAUAAAAUGGAAGCUGAAGGGAUUCAUAACUUGAUAGAGCAAGACCAUUUAGUGCAAAGAACAUGUUUUAUGCACAAUCAAAAAAGUUUUUCUCAAAGACCAUCCUGUGAUUCUGACCCAGAUGAUCUUUUUGACGAAUUAUCUCCAUUAAAAGGUAUAUUGGUGGGAGAUUGUUCAAAAAGAUCAUUUACUCUUGAUGGAGCCUUGGCUAUGCCUAUCAAGAAGAGGAAACUACAACAUGAGGAAUUGAUCUCUUAUAAUGCAUCCACAGACCAGUGUCUACAAAAGAACGAAAGUGAUAAAGACAAGAUUACUUCCUGCCCAAAUUUUGGAAGUGAAAAUUUAUGGAGAUCAACCCCAAACCCGAGUGAAAAAGAAGUGAAUAAUAAAGGUGAAAUUGAAUUUAAUUUGCAAUCAUCAGUACUUGUUAAGACUGAAGAUUCUGCAGAAUGGAUUCGACUAAAAUGCUUUGAUAGUAUCGUAGUUGAUGAAUCAAACAUUGCAACUAUUUUUACUGGAGGUCCUAUCCAAAGUUCUGCAUUUUCCGUAAUGCCACAUGAUAAGAACAUAAAUCAGUAUGUUGCUAUAGCUGGAAGCGAUGUUAUUUAUAAGAAUCAUUCUUAUGAUAAUACUAGGAAUUUGAGUGGAAUUAUUCAGUUUUGGAAUCUUGGUCCUCUUUAUGAAAGGAAAAAAUUAAGUCAACGACCAUCGAUGGAAUUAGCUUUGUAUCAUGAGAAUGGAAUAAUUACACAAAUGAAAUGGUGUCCAGCUGAUUGUUAUGAUAAAUCUCCUUCAGGUUGUCAGUUGCCGAGGCUGGGAUUAUUAGCUGUGUCGUCUUCUGAUUCCUCUGUAUAUAUUUAUAAUGUACCACAGCCAGAUUUUAUGCCGAAACUAAAACCUUCAUUUCCUAUUUAUUUCACUCUGCCAUCUAUAAAAUUGAUUCCUUUAUUUGGUGGACCCAGCAGCACAACAAAGAAGACAAUGGCAACAUGUAUAGAAUGGGAAAAGAAUGGUGAACGAAUUGUUGCUGGUUAUGGAAAUGGUGCUGUUUGUGUGUGGAUGAUAAAGUUUUCAUCAUUUAGCUCAAGUAUUGCAGUGAAAAAAACCGAUCAACCAUAUAUCAUACAACCUUAUUUAUUUUUUCAAGCAUCUGGUGCAUGCAUUGAAAGCUUGUCAUUUGCUCCUUUUAGUAAUCAUCGUUGGCUUGCUGUUUCAAGUAUAGAUAGGACGCUCAGAUUCUUCGAUUUGCAUGAUACAUCUACACCUUUUCAUGUUGUGAAACAAGGAUUGGAAAACAGUUGCGCAUGGGCAGACACGUUUUGUGGAGUCUAUUCUUCUCCAACUCUCAAUAGUUUUGGCCAUCUUUCAUUAUCUGCGAGGGAGUGUUGUACAAAAUAUGCUGAGAAAGGAUUGGCAUCAUUAUUUGAUUCUUCAACUCAUGUUGCUGUUUCUGAAGAUAAGAAUUUUCAUGCAAUUGCGGACAUGGCUGGUACAGUAACCGUCAAUUUUCUACAAAAUUUUCACAACUCUUUUGAAGCUUCUUACCUUACCUAUGUGAUUUUUGAAACUGAAAUUAUGGCUUUAGACAGUAUUGCAGACUUAGAACUUAAAACUUCAGAAAGUAAAUUAAAUAUUUCAGGAAAUAUUCUAAGCAAUAAUUCUAUUAAUAAUAUGAAAAGCACUUUUUGUACUGAAAUAAAAAAGGAAUCCUCAUCAUCAUCAUCAGGUUUUUGUUCUCCAAAGAAUGGCAAGACUAUUGUAAUAGAUGCACCCUUGUGUUUUGAAGAUGAUGCAGUAAAUUUAUUGAAGAGUCCUUCUAAGUCUUCUACUAUGAAUGAAAUUAAGGAUAUCAACAACAAUGGAAUAAAGGAAGUUUUGAAUAAACCACUGACUUUUGAUGAAGAAACAGAUUUUGAAAUGAUAAAAUGUUCUGAAUUCUCUGAAGAUUUAAUGCAUGAUCUUUUGAUGGUAAAAAUUUCAAAUCAGUCAUAUUCCUCACCUCGCACACUACCAUUUAAUACUAGCAAAAGUUCUGCUUAUUCUGAUUCUAGAGGUGCCAAACUCUUUUCUGAUGGAGCUUUAAUUACUUCUGCUGCAGCUAGUGAUGAGACAGGUGACACAAUUGUAUAUCCACUGGAGUCUGUCUUCUCUGAUACUUCUCACAAAAAUGCAACAAAAUCUGUUACAUCACAGUCUAAGAGCUUUGAUUUAAAUGAGAAGGGGAAUAUAUUGCAUGAGAAUAAAAUGCACAAAAUGAAUGGGGAACUUCCAAUAAAAACUGAAUUAUUUGCAGAAAACAGCUUAAAUUUUUCUUGUACUGAAGUAAAAGUAGGAAAAUUUCAUUCCAGUGAGAUCUUGUGCAUGCAAAAUUGCAGUUUAAAUUGUAAAAAUAGAAAUCUCAAGAAAAGGGAUUCUUUCAAUUAUGGCAACAACAUUUGUUCAAAUGUUGAUCACCUUACUUCAAAACAUUCUGAUAUCCUUAGAAAAGAAUGUCAUCAUUCAAAGAAAUCCCCAAAAGAAAUUAUGACACUUAGAGACACUUUUUCCCAAAAUCUGGAUCCAAAAGGCAAUUUAAAUUCUGAAAAAGAUUUAGCAAAAGUACUUCUUUCUUUGCAUGAAAGUGUCGAUGAUCCUCUGCAUAAUGACCUUGAGUCAAAAAAUUUAAAUCAGUCUAAGCCCUUGCCAGAUUUGUGCUCAUCUCCUGCAAGCAAUGAUUUCAUUAUCUGUGAUAGAAAUGACAAACAAUUUCCUGUUAGAGCUUUAAAUCAGUCUUCUGCUGCCAGUGAUUAUUCAGGUGAUACAAUUAUAUAUUCGCUUCAAUCCUAUGACUGUAAUAAAACUGAUGCCAACUGUUUAGCAGUGGAAAAUCCUGGUGCCAUUUCUCAGAGCUUAUGUAAGAGUAACAUAGAAAAUACAUUCCAUAAUAAUUUAUUGCAUAAAACAGAUGAAGAAAGGACAACUUUAUAUGCAUCCAAAAUUGAAUUGACAGAAAAUUGCUCCUCUUUUAAUUCAGAAAGAGAGAGUCAGAGUUCUUUUAUUUCAGAAACUGAUUCAGCUACUAAAAGCUGCAGUUCAAGUGAUAAAAGCAGAAGCUUCUAUUGGAAAGAAUUUUCAAGUUCUAAUUUUCAUCUGCUUAAUUCAGAAUAUUUAUGUGAUAAAUCUGAAGAGAAAAACAUUGUAUUAAAUGAAUUACCAAAAAGUGACAAGAAUCUUCAAGAACUUUCUUAUGAAAAUCUCAUUGAAAGCUUUGGUGUUGUAUUUAAGAAUAAUUUAGACGAAUCUUCAAAUCUAAUGAAGAAACAAGAUAAUGAUAUUUAUAUAAAAUAUAACCCUUUAUCUGUGAUCAAGACAAUCUCUUGGGACCCUAAUGAAGGCUGUCAAUCUUGGUUCUUUGUAGGAGGAAAUUCGGGUAUUGGUCGACUUGUUUUUGUACCAGGUUUUAUACCCGACAUAAACAAGAAGCCCAAAUCUAUAAACAAAAAGAAGCGACUAAAUGUAUCUUGACAUAAAAAAAGUUCCUUUUUUUUCACUUACGUAACAAUUUUUUUUUUUUUUGUA